AUGACAGCCGACCUUCGGCGCUCCCAAGCUCCAACCUACCAACCGGGGCAGAAGGUCUGGCUGUCCACCAGAGACAUCAGGAUGCGCCUGCCCUGCAAGAAGCUGAGUCCCCGCUUCAUUGGCCCGUUCACCAUCCUUCGACAGAUCAACCCCGUCACCUACAGACUACAACUCCCUGCACAGUACAAAAGAAUUCAUCCCACUUUCCACGUGUCACUAUUAAAACCUCACCACCCUUCUGUUCUUCCUUCCACAGAACCUGACGUGGCAGCCGCCGAGCCCCCCCUUCCACUCAUCCUGGACGAUGGAACUGCUUACGUGGUGCGAGAGAUCCUGGACUCCCGGCGCCGUGGUGGUCUCUUAGAAUACCUGGUGGAUUGGGAAGGCUAUGGCCCCGAGGAACGCUCAUGGGUCCCCAAGAAUGAUAUCCUUGAUCCUACUCUGUUACAGACUUUCCACACCAACCACCCAGACAGACCUGCCCCACGACCUCGAGGACGACCACGGAAAAAUGGGAAAAAGAUGUAUAUGUUCCACAAAUCCGCACAUGCUCGCAACAAUGGCGGAGAGCUGGGGGAGUCUAGGGACCCAAGCUGGAUCAUUCUGGACUUGCUGAUUCACUCAUCCUCUGUAGAUACUGACGUGCCUCUUUCAUAUUGGCUUACAGUGACCCAAAUUAGUCCGAACCUGUCGGUGGCUCUCUGA